GGGGGUUGGGGGGGCAGGGGAGAGAAGAAGAAGAUCGGUAGAUUGAGUGGCUAGAGAGGUCGGAGGUAAGUGGCUGUAGAAGUCGGGCGGACCCGGAACCUAGAGGACGCGACACCAUGACUUAUGCUUAUCUCUUCAAGUAUAUCAUCAUCGGAGACACAGGUGUGGGGAAGUCAUGUCUCCUCCUGCAGUUUACAGAUAAGCGGUUCCAGCCUGUCCACGACCUCACAAUAGGUGUCGAGUUUGGAGCUCGUAUGGUCAACAUUGAUGGAAAACAAAUCAAACUGCAAAUCUGGGAUACGGCUGGGCAAGAAUCCUUCCGUUCUAUCACCCGUUCCUACUACAGGGGAGCAGCUGGAGCACUGCUGGUGUACGACAUUACAAGGCGUGAAACCUUCAACCACCUGACCUCAUGGUUAGAGGAUGCCCGGCAGCACUCUAGUUCCAACAUGGUUAUCAUGCUCAUUGGGAAUAAGAGUGACCUAGAGUCCCGCAGGGAUGUGAAGAGAGAAGAAGGAGAGGCCUUUGCUAGGGAGCAUGGACUUAUAUUCAUGGAAACUUCAGCCAAAACAGCCUGCAAUGUUGAAGAGGCCUUCAUUAACACAGCCAAAGAAAUAUAUAGGAAGAUCCAGCAGGGUUUAUUUGAUGUCCACAAUGAGGCAAAUGGCAUCAAGAUUGGGCCCCAACAGUCAAUUUCAACAUCAGUGGGACCCAGUGCCUCCCAGCGGAACUCUCGUGACAUAGGGUCCAACUCUGGCUGCUGCUGAACAUCUGGCUUGAACUUCUUUUUUCCUUCCUGGAAUAGCUUCAGAUCAAUAGGCUUAAUGAAAGAGGUCUUUCUUGCUUUGGCUGAGAGCAGCCUCUUUUUAAAGUGUGAUGUUUUGCCUUUCCACCUAAAGACCAGGAGAGAAUUUGGGCCCUUACUGACCUGUCCUCCUUCAGGGACAUGAGCAUUCCCUAUAGAUUAGGGUUCUUCUUAUCCUCCUAUACUAAUUUCUUAAAUUGUUAGGAUCAAAGUUGGUUAUCACAGUAGUUAAAAAAUAAUUUCAUGGCGGGGCGCCAUGGCUCAUGCCUGUAAUCCUAGCACUUUGGGAGGUCAA